GAGCGUGGCGAGGUUCCGGUGCCUCUCGUGAAUGUGCUGUUUUCAAACAUGGGGAGGUUAACCCACUGAAACCAAUGAAUAAUAUGUGGAAACUAGAUAAUCCCGGUGUUAUCGUAUUGGUAAGUGUGCUAAGUGGGUGCGUGAUCCUGUACACUUCGUCGGGUGCCCUAAUAGGCAUUCUCCUGGCCCUGAUAAUAACAGUGUACGGCUGUGUAUCACUGCUCAUUGACGAUAGUCUCGUGACACGACACGCGUCUAUUGUCCAAGAUUACCUGAGUGCAGCCGGUGUUAAUUUCAACGAAUUAUUCGAUAUUAUAUCGUCACAAACGUCUGGCUACGUUUCACAAUUGUUUGAGAUUGUUAAGGAGUGUUACAAGGAGCAGAUAACCAACAGGAUGGAGCGUUACCGCAGAAGCACGUACCAAUUGAGCUCUGAGUCACUGGUGAAUAGUCCAAGGACAGCUGGUCAACUCAAGACCCUGAAAGGACUCAGUCCCAUACCGAAGAGAAGUGUUGGUGCUCACAUCAGUGAAUCGGAGAAUAAUGUCUAUGUGGGGAGGAGUUCGGGGGCUUAUGAGAGUGCCAGGGCUUUUGACAAGGUCACGUCGACGCCAGUGAUACCGUGGAAGCGGAGGGACGCGAAGAAUGGGGAUGUCUGUGGUGAUUCAAUCGUGGGACAUCGACAUGUCAAGAAAUCGUCGUCUGAUCUGGGCUGCGGGGGCAACAGGGAGGAGGAGGGGAGCCCUUGGGGCACCUCCAUCAGCCCCAAGAUCAGGCCCAGGGCUGCUGGGGUCAAGACUGUGCAGACUGUUGCUGGCCCUCUUCUUGCGUCUACUAGAUACAAUAUUGAUACUAAGACAUACACCGACAUAACAUCUCCAGGGCUGACCUCCCGCCUCACGAAAUACGCGACAGAGGCCACGACAAAACUGAGGCAAUCGCCAUACGGAACCGGUCAGUUCCCCAAAGUGAACUUGAGCUCAAGUCCAACGCCGUUAAUAAACUCCAAAACUGGGAAGAUGAGGCUGCCAGUGACGGUGCGGAUCGCGCCACCAGACACCAGAUACUCUCCCCCCGAGCGUCAAAGAAUGAUCUCCGACAUCUGCCAAGACCCCCCAAGAACCCCUCCAACAGUGGCGCAGGUCCUGCGAGACAUGUCGUUGAAGAGACACGCUUCCAGGGAAGACGUAGCAGCUGAACUCAUAAAAAAACAGCGAACGGAUGGCCUGUAUGGUGACGAGCUGGAGAACCUCGAGGAGAUGACGCAGAAGCGAGCGAGAGAAGACUCCUCGCGAUCAGACGAAGACAUCUCCAUCGACAACACGUCCCUGAGGCCAGUCAAGAGAACGAAAAAGCCCUCUUGCUACGACAUCUUGAACUCCCUGAGCUCCAGUACAAACGUCAACUCAGGGGUGAAGAGGAAAGCAGACAUCUCCCGAAGUGGCACCCCAGACCUUGGAAAGCACUUCAAAUCCCUGGACACAAGUCAAGUCUCAAGAUCUUCCAAACUGCCUGGAGACCUCCAGAACUCAAACAAAUCCAUCAACGAGAGCUCUUUAUCUCUGCCUGAUGCAGCCAGUCGAAGAAGCUCCCCAGAAAGUGUCUCCCCGAGGUCCCCAGGAAGACCAUCAUCCAAGCACGCGUCCCCAGAGGCCCACGAAAUCGAGGAAAUCUUCAAGAACACUAAGAACUCGAUGAUAGAGGUCCCAGUAAAAUUGACUGAUCGGUUAUUCAUGAAGGAGGAGCCCCAGAAUAUUGAUAAACUGAAGAGUCUGAUUGACGAGCACAGCUCGUUGUCCUCGAAAUUCUCCAUGAGCGAUGUCGAGGAGAUCAAGAAGUCUGACAUAAUCAACAUGAGGCAGACUAGCAUGAAGGCAAAGCUGAAGAGCAUGUUUGAUGCCAUUUCUGGAAAGACAUCUAGCACUAUUGAUCCUAGUGUUGUCAUUCAGGCUGAGUCAAUCACAUUGCCAUCCUCACCCUCUAGUUUGGCAACUCUGAGCUCGUCAACCUGCACGACUAACGUCAACACGUCCCCAAUAUCGACUUCAGCUAUUGUUCCAAUAAUUGGGAAGGCGAAGACGAUGGGAACUCCUGGGAAACACGUGACAUUUAAUUUAGCUAGUGGUUCUGGGUCGUCGAGUUCGUUGUCGUCAGGAGUGGUGCUGCCUCAGUUGGAGUUGGAUAAACCUGAGGGAAAGGAGGAGAUUAACAAACCAGAGGCCUCAGCAGGGUUCUCUUUUGCCUCGAGUGUCGUCACUUCUCCAUCGUCAAGUGCUGGAGAUAAAUCUCAAGGAUUUUCAAUCACCCAAGCCCCAACAUCUUCAGCUCCUGUCUCGAAUCCCACUACAACUGCGAAUUCCACAGCUCCAGCAGUGACAUCCAGCUCUCAAACCCCAACUUUUUCGUUUGGAACAUCAUCCACGUCAGCAUCGACAGCUCAGACAAUUCCAACGUUUUCCCAAUCGAGUCAGAAGCUCUUCCAGCCAGCAACUGCAGUCUCAACAGCUGUGACUACUUCAGCAGUUGAUGCAGCCCCCAAGGCAACGACACUCUUCAGCACCCCGACAUCAACGACAUCUUCCUCAGGGACACCUGCCCCUCCAGCUCCUGGGAAUGGGCUCCUGACGUUCGUGGGAGCGAGCAAAUCCCCUCCUAAAGUCGCUGGGUUCUCCUUCGGUGCAGUAUCUUCCAGUUCUUCAGGGGCGAGCCAAACUGCCACCACCAGCACAUCAUCGUCCGGAUCAGGAUUCAAUUUUGGCGUUGGUUCAGGCGCUGCUACCAGCACUCCAGUGUUCGGAGCCACCACCACUUCAGCCCCUGCAACCUCAACCCAAUCAUCUACUUUCACGUUUGGAGGGAACAAAACUACUCAGUCGACAACUCCAUCAUCAGGGUUUUCGUUUGGAUCGACAGCACCAGUCGCCUCUUUUGGUGGAUCCACAACGUCUCAAGCUCCUGCAACAACAACUCUAACAUUUGGAACUGCAACUUCUGCCUCAACUCUAGCAUUUGGAAGUUCAACAACAGCAGCUCCUGCCUUUGGGACGCCUUCAGCCACUGCCUCAACUCCGGCAUUUGGGAGUUCUUCAACAACUUCUACCUUUGGGACUCCAUCAACAGCAGCUCCUGCCUUUGGAAAUCCCUCAACAACUACUGCCUUGGGGACUACGUCAACAGCUUCUGGCUUUGGGACCCCAUCAACAACAGCUUCUGCCUUUGGGACUCCAUCAACAACAGCCCCUGCCUUUGGAGCACCUUCAACAGCAGCUCCAGCCUUCGCAACUCCAUCAACCCCAUCAUUCAGCAGUGCCCCAACCCCAUUAUUUGGUACUCAACCCUCAGGCUUCAAUUCAACCACCACAACUGCCACUGCCAUCACCUUUGGACCCCCCAAGACAACAGUCUCAGCCUUUGGCACAACAACAGCAAGCACAACCCCCAGUUUAUUCAAUGGGGCCACCACAACUCCUUCAACAUCAAACUCCAUGUUCAGUGGAGCUAGUGCCUUUGCACAGGGCAAACCCCCAACUUUUGGUGCCACAACAACAGCAGCCACUGGCUUCGGAGGGACCACGAGCACCAGCUUUGGUGGGCCUUCGUCGCUGUUUGGGGGACAGCCCACGACAACUGCUGGCUUUGGAGGCAAUCCCUCAACUACAACCACUUCAGCUUUUGGCCAGACAUCUUCAGGGUUUGGGGGAAACACCACUGCAGCUCCAGCCUUUGGAACUUCCUCAGUUGUCCCCAGUUUUGGGGGCACGUCCUCAGGAUUUGGAGGACAGAAUUCAGGGGCUAGUUCUAGUUUUAGUGGGACUGCAGCUUUUGGGGCUACGACAACUGCACCUCCAGCUUUUCCCACUGGGACUAGCUCUACUUCGGGAUUCGGAGGGUCGAGCUCUAGCUUUGGGACACCUACGACUGCUCCUCCGGCGUUUGGGAGUGCCAACAGCAGUUUCAGUGGGUUUGGGGGGAGUACUCCUGGGAGUGGGGCUGCUUCGCCGUUUGGGGGAGCUGCUCCGGCUUUUGGAACGACGGGGUCUGGGUCCACUGGGACCGUUGCACCUUUUGGGGGGACCAAUGCCAGUGGAGGGUUCUCCUUUGGGGGCAGUGGGACCACACCUGCCACCACUCAGGGGACACAGGGGAUGUUCUCGUUUGGUGGCGGCAGCUCCAGCAGUGGGUUCCAGUUUAAUGGAAGUGCUGCACCACAAACUGGAGGGUUCAACUUCAGUGGUUCAGCCACACCAGCUUCGUCGAGUGUCCCAUCAUUCUCCGCCCCAGUCCCAUCAUUUGGCGCCUCCAGCGGUGGCAACAUGUUCAGCAUCGGUUCCGGUUCAGUAGCUCCACGUUCAAGAUCCACACGCCCAGGCAGACGCCAGAGAUGAUGGAGAAUGUAAAAUCUGCUCUAUCAAUAUCCACAUUACACUAAGGAAAUAGUCUAGGAUGAAUAACAAUCGAGUACUCCACGUGGUGACUAAUGUUCAAAAUCACUGAAAUACUUGGUACUCUUUUUUUGUUUCAAAAUAAUUAUAAAAUUGUGAAAAGGUGAUUGUGACUCGACUUGAUGACGUUUUGAGAUAAUUUGUGAUGAAAUUGUCUCGAUUUAGGUAAAAAAAUUUUAAUUAUAAUAUAAUUCAUGUACAUGACUGUUGCUCAAUCAAAGCAAUUUUAUACAAUUCCACGUGCAUUAAUCGAGUCACAACAACUUUAAAAUGGACUGUUUAACUCGUAAUAAAUAUGAAAAAAAAAAUUCCAAUGUUAACUGGACUCGUAUAAACAUUAAUUUUUGUUAAGAUAGAUCAAAUUCGAGGCUUUAUAAUGAACAAAAUAUUAACAACAUUUUGUACACAGAUGAUUACUGAAGGCAUUACAUCAAUGUCGAUUAAGAAUAGGGUAUCUCAUACUAUUGAACUCAUGAACAGUAAUCAUGUAUUUUCAGUUGGUGUUUGUCAUUUUUUUAUGUCUCGAUAGAUUCAACAAACAAUGAAGUUGAAUUAAAUAGAUGAAUAUUGCGCAAUAUCCAGUAAUGGAAAUAAGAGGAAGAGAUGUAUCUUAAAAUUGCGGAAAAGGUGAGGACAGAACUUGUACAGAGUAAUUAGUUAUAUUAUUAUAGAAAGAAAAAAUACGAAACUAUGGGUUUUUCAUUUUUUGUUGGCUCUUUAUGAUCUUUAGGUAAUUUCAUUCGAAUUCAAGCAUCUACAGUAGGGGAUUGAAUCGAGUGAAUUAUGAAAAUGUAUAGGAAUCAGUUUUUAUUAUGAUUGUAAUGAAACUCAUGUCAGUAAUAAAAAUAUUCUGAUUAAACAUAAUUAAUCUGGUAUAAUUAA